AAUAGUAGCGAUGUCUGUUGUCUGUGUAAGUAAAAGAUCACAAAAACAUACCAAAAAGAAGAAUUAGAUUGAGGUUAUGUUUAUGUUACUUUUUUGUUUAUGAUUUCUUGUUAUAAGUGUAAUAGUGUAUUUUUUACGGUUUCGCUUAUUGUACAAUGAAAGGACAUCAAGAGAAAAUUGAAGAAUUACAGUCACAUUUUAAAACCCAUAACAAAUACAAAGAAUACGUUGGUCAUUCGUCAAAAGUCCAUUCCGUUGGUUGGAGUUGUGAUGGAAAGAGAUUAGCUUCUGGUUCUUUCGAUAAAUCAGUUUGUGUUUACACUUUGGACAGAGAUAGACUGAACAAGGAGCAUACAUUUAAGGGCCAUAGUGGCUCUGUAGACCAACUUUGCUGGCAUCAAACUCAUGCGGAUCUUCUCAGCACAGCAAGCGGAGAUAAAUCCGUAAGGAUUUGGGACACUAGAGUACAAAAAUGUGUUACCACUAUAAGUACAAAAGGAGAAAACAUUAACAUAACGUGGUCUCCAAAUGGUAAUGCAAUAGCUGUAGGUAAUAAGGAAGAUUUAGUUACUUUUAUUGACGCUCGAACUUACAAAAUAGAAGCAGAGGAGCAGUUUAAUUUUGAAGUUAAUGAAAUAUCUUGGAAUAAUACCAGUGAUCUCUUCUUUUUGACAAAUGGACAGGGUUGUGUCCAUAUUUUAAGUUAUCCUGAUUUGAAAAAACAACAUAUUUUGAAAGCACAUCCAGGCACUUGUAUUUGUAUAGAAUUUGACCCAACAGGGAAGUACUUUGCUACAGGAAGUGCUGAUGCAUUGGUUUCAUUAUGGAAUAUCAAUGAACUUGCUUGCCAAAGAGUUUUUACGAGAAUGGAUUGGCCAGUUAGAACAAUUUCCUUCAGUCACGAUGGUCAACUUCUGGCUUCAGCUUCUGAAGAUUUGAUAAUAGACAUUGGCUUUGUUGAAAGUGGUGAUAAAAUAGCCGAUAUCUCAGUUGAGGCUGCUACAUUUACUGUGGCUUGGCAUCCAUCUCUUUAUCUUUUGGCAUAUGCCUGUGAUGAUAAGGACAGUUAUGACAGGAAGAGAGAUGCUGGUAGUUUAAAAGUUUGGGGAUUUCCUAUUGACUAAUAUUGCAUAAGUCGUCUUUA